AUGGCCACGGAGCCCCCGCGGCGAGCGCCGCCGCCGGCCGGGCGGCCCGAGGGCGGGCGCGGGCGCUGCGCGGGCGGCGAGGCGGCGGCGGAGGAGGAGAAGGAGGAGGAGGCCGCGGCCCAGCCAGCGCUCGGCGCCGCGCCGGGCCCCGCGGCGGCGGCCGGCCGGCGGCGGGGGCUCAACGGCUGCGUGCCGCUGUCGCACCAGGUGGCCGGGCACAUGUACGGCAAGGAUAAAGGCGGUAUCUUGCAGCAUCCAGAUGGGACAGUCUUGAAGCAGUUGCAGCCACCUCCCCGAGGUCCUCGGGAGCAGGAGUUCUACAACAAGGUUUAUGACUCUGACUGUUGUGACAGCAUUCUUCUGGAGCUGCGAGAGUAUCUGCCAAAAUACUUCGGUGUCUGGUCACCACCUGCUGCACCAAAUGAUAUGUAUCUAAAACUGGAAGAUGUGACCCGUAAGUUUAAUAAGCCUUGUAUAAUGGAUGUAAAAAUAGGUCAGAAAAGUUACGAUCCGUAUGCCUCAGCUGAGAAGAUACAGCAACAGGUCAGCAAGUACCCGCUAAUGGAAGAGAUCGGCUUUUUGGUGCUUGGCAUGAGGGUUUACCAUGUCUGCACUGACAGCUACGAGACCCAAAACCAGCACUACGGAAGGAGCUUGACGAAGGAGACAGUAAAAGAUGGCGUCUCAAAGUUUUUUCACAACGGAUACUGCUUGAGAAAAGAUGCUGUCGCUGCCAGCAUUGGGAAGAUUGAAAAAAUCCUGCAGUGGUUUGAGAGCCAGGAGCAACUCAACUUCUAUGCCAGCUCGCUGCUGUUUGUUUAUGAAGGUUCGUGUCAGGCAACCACCGUGCGCUUGAGCGAUGUCACUUUGGCGGAGAAGGGAGUAAUGCCCAAAGGACUGUUAUCAGGAGGAGGCAUACUGGAGUAUAAUAAUAAUAUUCACGUAAUAAAUUCUACAGAGAAUGGAAAAAUAGAGGCCUCUGUAAGUAAAGACUUGUCCAAAUUUUAUGCACUUCACAAAAAGGCAUAUUCAAAGAGGCACCGUGGUCAGCUCUCGCUCAAAGUUGAAAACUUGGAGCAAGGCAACAUGUGGAAAAGCAGCACUUGCAUUACCCAGGAGCAUCUAAAUGGAAAUGUUAUACCCCAACUGGAAAAGGUUUUCUGUCAUGUGCCAGCAGAGAUCAAGGAAAGCACAAACGUGGAAGUCCGAAUGAUAGAUUUUGCUCACGUGUUUCCUAGCAACACGAAGGAUGAGGGCUACAUUUAUGGUCUGAAGAAUUUAAUCACAGUACUUCAAAAUAUUUUAGAGAACUAAAUUCUUUGUUAUGGUUUUUACUGGGGGCCAAUGAUAAAGAGGAGCAACAACAACAAGAAUUUCUGCACUUGUAAUGCUGUAUAACUGGGUUUGUAUUGUUCUACUAUAUUUUAUUUGUCUUUGUACUUUUGGUAGAAGGGUUUAACUUUUUAUAAUCUCACUCAGGAAAAUAAUUGAUAGUUAAUUAAGUGUGAAAGGAUGAAGAUACUUGAGAUUAAGCAGGAUAGGUAAAUUGGUAGGGUGAGGUGUAUGCGGCUCACUUAAAUCCAAGGGGUACAGUUAUACAAUAAGUAAGGGUUAUGUUAGUUCCCCAUAACUACUUUAGCUUUGGUAAGUUUGCCCUUUUAGCCUUGACACUGAGCCAUAUCUCCAUUAAUAUGCUAUUAGAAAAUGGACUGAAAAUGAGAUGAAGUGCAGGAUUGAUGUCCUCAGUGCUGCCUGCUUGUGUUUACUGUGUUGAAUAACUGGAGUAACCCUACUUUGAGACGCAUCCUGUCUAGCUUCAGUAGUCUAGCUGGGGAACCAGUGUAUCCAGAAGUGCUUCUCAAUGCAAUGGGGUGAUACUGCUAUUCUUUUGAAAUUGGUGGGUGCUUGCCCUCUUUGUGGUUGUCCAUAGCCAAUGUUCAUCACAGACAAGCUACAAUGUAAUUUGCGUUGAGGUGCUAAGAAAACACUGUAUAAACUUACCGUAACAGGCUUAAACUGCACAAGUACUAGAGAAACUCUAAUUUUCGGGAAAGUAUGUUGGGAGGAAUCAAAUGCAAGGUAUUUCAGAAGCUUAUUUAGUUUAGGAGACUUUUUUUUUUUUUUUUUUUUUUUAAGUUGGUCAGUUAACGGGAUGGCUGAUAUUACAUUUAAGGAAGAUGCCUCAGUCCUCCUUUCUGAUGGCUGUUCUCCAAAAGCUUGCCUUUGGAAAGCAAACUUCAUGAAAAAGGGGAAACAAAGCAUUUCGAAUAAGCAUGUUGAGAUUGCCUUUAGCUGUUUGCUGCUUGUAUCAUUGCAACAAAUGUUUCAGUUUUUCACUGCAGGGGAGCACCAACUAGAAGCAAUGAGCAAGAUGGGUACAGGACCCUUUACUGCCAAGGUCCACUACAGCCCUGGGGCAACCAGAUGUACCUUCAGUUAUUUCAGUGGAGUUGUGGCUCUUUCCCCCCAGGGCUAAAAUUGGCUUGUGGUUGGAUUUUUUUUUUCUUUUUUUUUUUAACUGAUGCAUAAGCAAUCUAUGUACUUUGAAAAUUGUCACACCUCUGUAUUUCACUGGCAAAAUUAAGGUUUUCCUGUAGGAUGUUUGAGUUGGGGAUGAUGUAUCCAAACCUUUUUUUGGUGUGCCUCUUGUUUCCUGCGUAUGUGGCUUUCCUAACUUGCGUGUAUAGUCAGUGAUACGAAAGUCAAGACAAAAGUUUUGGCCUGCAAGGGGCAAGACUUUAAUGCUUUUGAUUUAUGCAAACCUCACAAAUUUUAAAAACGAAAAAAAAAGAAAGAAGAAGCUUGGAAUGGAUUGGGUCAUCAGAAACAUAUCUUUUAAAUGUGGACUUAGUGUGACUCUGUGGCCUUGCUGCUCUGUAUGAUGUUCUGCACUAUGCACUCAUUUGUGUAUAUGUCUUUGCAAGUUCUCGAUUUGACAUGUUUUCUAUAUCAGAAAGAGAAACAUGUUUUAAAUGAAGCUGACUGAUAUUUUAGCUCCAUUUGAGAUCCUAGGUUAAUUGGGAAAAACAACAUUGUCUGCAACUAUGUUUAAACUUUAGAGAUAAUAUUGGAUAAUACAUUAAAGAAUCAAAAUAAUCUGUUUGCAGAAUAAUAGUUUUGAAGCAUGAAAGAGAUGCUUGCAGUAGGGGCAAUAUCUUUUUACUGAAAAUUUUAUGCCAGCUAUGGUGAAGGGGAAAGUAUCGGGAGGAUGAGGACUUUUUUCCACCUGGUACUUCUUUUGCAACCAUACAGUUAAUACCUACUAUAGUCCCAACUGUCUGUGAACUAAUUUAAGCCAUGUUCUUGGAAAGGUUUGUGUUUUUGUUUGCUUUAUCCCUGUUUUUUCUGUUUUUUGUUUUUCUAUCCUGUAAGCAGUCAACAUGAGAGUAGUCUAGGCUGGUACAAGUUUUGGAAUUACAAAUUCACAAUAUUUUGCAGAAAAUAGAGGAAAACAUCUAUACAUUUGAAGGUUUUGUCUGCUAUAAUUCAUCUCUUCUGGAUUUUAAUCCAUUUUGUGCCAGGGGAAUUAGAUACCUGCCUCAAAGAAGUCAGUUAUUGGAAAAUGAUCUGUAUUCUCUUAAUAUAAGUGCAUUCUCCUGUCUCUGCUUUAAGAUAUGAUGUCUUCAGUGUUUGAAUGCUCUUUAAGUAUUGGUUGUUGUGUUGACUAUGGCAGUGUUUGUAAUGCACCUGGAAUAUUGUUAAAUUGUCAGAAUAUUUUGAAUAAAAAAUAAAAUAAUUUUAUCAGCUUUUUUACCAGUAGUUAUUAUGGAUGUAUUUCUGUUAAAUAAAAAUGUAUCUUGAGAGAUAACUUCCAAUUAAAAAUAUUGUUAUGUAAUUGAAGGUGGUUGUAGAGGUUUUGGCAUAGUACCGACUGAACAGAAGCCUGCAAAGGUAUUACGGUCAUGCUGCUCUUGUGCAUCUUUUUAGUGUCUUCUAUUUGAAGAGAUCAGAUUUUUAAAUGAUAGUUGCAGAUGUGUUUGCAGAAGUCACUGACGAGGUGACAGAAGGCAGACGCUGGUCACUGUGGUUGUGCAGUAUCAUUGAUUCUCCUCAUCUGCUGUUAAUACCUUUUUUUCCUUUCCUUCCCCUAUACAUUGUAGGAAACGCCAGUACAGGCAACAGGUACUGGGAAAUCUUCCUGCAAAUGGUCGCAAGGCCUAUAGGUAUUUCUGCCCAGUGAAACGAUAGAACAGGUCUCUUCUCCAGGCUGGGGUAACACUCGAUUGCUGUUACGGUGAAGCCCGUCUGUCCUAGUUUUGAGCAAUAAGAAUGUGAUUUAGCAAAAUCAAUUCCCAAAAGAGAAGAUUCACGGAAACAUUGUUUUUACUGUUGUUCUCUGAGAAUACAAUUAUGCUGGAGACUUUCUAAUGAGGUAAUUGUGCAAAUUGUGUAUAGGCUUACUAGUGAGAGUUAAGAGUUGUAUAAAGUUUUAUAAAAAGUAUUUACAUAUAUGGUAUUUUUGGAUAUUGGUGGAACUUGCCUAAAACGCAUUGGAAGUUGUUAUACUGUUCUGAAAUAUUUAAAAUAUUUUAUCCAAAUUAUUUUAUGAACUAAAGCAGACACUUUAUGUAUAAUUGAUUUGCAUGGAACUUGAACUGUUUUCUAUUUUUCCUGCUGCAUCGUCAGACUGUGCUUCUUCAUAAUCCUAGUUUCAUGCAGAAUUUUAAAGUACUUGGUAGAUUAGGAAAUAAUGAUUUCCUUCAUUUUUUUAGUUAACAGAGGGCAUACAUUACUGACAUACUUAAGUGCACCUUUCUAAGUAAUGUUAGUGUAUUAUAUAUCUAAAGCUCUACUAAAUGAUUCUUUACCUGCAGAAAGCUGGUUUGAGUCUGGAUUGCAGUAUGUAAAACUGACCUUUCUAUGUGCAGCAGCAGUGGCAAAGAAAAGGCAUGGCCUACACUGGUCUGCGAGCAAGUGUGUGUGUGUGUGUGUGUUUUUUUUUUUUUUUUUGGGGGGGGGGUAAAACUUAAACUUGUGAUUGUUUUUUUUUUCACAUGAGGUAUUAUCAGGUGUAGGAAGACAGGAAGAAUAGAGGCUCCAUUGAUUUCUGCUAAGUCAAGUAAUGAUUUGAUUAGUUGUUUGCUUUUAUUUUUUUUAAGCAAGUUUCCCUGCUGGGUGCUGCCUUCAGCCCUUGCUUUGGUACCAGUGGUGACCUGCCGUAGGCUGCAGCUAAGGCCUCCUCAUGGAACGUUUGGAGAGGGAAUUCUGAUAUGUUCCGAAGAACUUCAUGUUCUGUGACCAUCUUAAAGUGCAGGUAUUGAGAAAUGUGGUCAAAAUACCUCAAAUAACAUGAGGUGCAAAUUCCUUUCUUGCAUUUUUUUUUGUAACCAUGAAAAGCAAGAGUCAGAUUUUAGUAUUAAGCCUGUUUUUAUUGGAGAUUAGAUGUUAGGUUUUAUGAAACUUGCUUAAGUUUUAAAGUGCUUUAAAGAGAAUAUUUUGGGGGCAGGGUGAGUGACAGCCAAACUGAGCAUGUAGUUUUCCUUUGUGCAGUUAGCAUUGAAGUUUAGGUUUAAGAAGGUGGCACAGCAGGAAACGGCGCAAGUUCACGAGGAGCACGGAGCAGGACAUCUGGUCAGUUCUGCAGUGUGAGCAGUUAUUGCAGGUAAUAUCCCCAGGGCUUAAGUUUUCAGGUAUCUUGCAGUUAGGCUAACGUGGUUCAUGUGUAUUCUUUGAGCUAAAAGCAGGCAGUGGUCAGAUGUUCCUUUAAAAGUAUGUUCCACCACAUAUCCGCAGGCCAAGUCCUGCACGUUUGCCAUCGUUCACGGCAAUCUAUAAGGGAAAGCUGUGCAGGAUGUUAACAUCCAGAGGGCAACUGUACCAACUUGAGCAGUUUUUGAAAGGGAGUGGAAGUGAAGGAGAGAGAAGUUAAGGAUUAUAUAGCAAAAAAAACACAUUUCGAAAAAGUUUUGCUGUAAUUAAACAGUAAACUGUGGAGAUGGGCACCGGGUAUUUGGAGUCUGACUUCUUUGUAUGCUUUGUAUGCUUUAUAACAUUCAACAGAAGAUGCUCGUGCAGAGCAAUGGUAAAUGGGAACAGAGGUGUUUCAAGAAUGCCCUUAGCUUGAGGUGUGUACAUUGGUUAAAAUAGUUAUGAGAAAAACAAAACCCAGUGACCUAUGAAGUAACCUCCAAAUGUGUAUUGCACCAGACUGUAAAUGAAACUAGAGUGCACACAGGCACUUUAAUACUCUGGGAACCCUACUGGAAGAUAAAGCAUGUGAAAUUGCUCCAAAUGCUGUGUUGUUGUUUUUUGUCUAAAAUUAUAUGUUUAUUAAGCUUGGUGGAUGAAUGUAUCUAGUCUGGUCUCGGUUUCUUUUGGUUCAGGUGUCUAAAGUUGUCACUCAGUCUCCUCUAAUUUGUUUGUGUUUGACUGUAACUUCAUUUGGAUUUUUUGCCAUUAUUGGACUGCAGGGGGGGGGGGUAUUGCUAAUACAUUAUGUGUUUAUUUUAUAGAACAUUGUACUAUGCUAUCUACCAACUUUUGUAAAUUAAUUAUAAGUGAUAUUUAGGGUAAUUCUAACAGCUGUAUAUUUGGCAAAUAAUUAAAAAUUUCUGCAAGUGA